CUGCGCAUGAGCUGGCAGCCCUCGCCUGGGCCGCCGCCGCCGUGGCGGCCGCCGCGUGCGCGGCCCUCGUCCUCGCGCUGCUGGCCCGCCUGGGCCGUUCCCGCGGCGGGCGCCUCCCGGAGGGCGCCCGAGCCCGGGCCGCAGCGGCGGCCACGCACCCGCUGUGGAUUGCCUGCGGCCUCUCGCGGGAGGAGGUGGAGAGCUUCGGGCGGCAGCUCGUCCUGGCCAGGGUGGGCGUGCAGGGCCAGCGGGCGCUCCUCGGGGCCCGCGUGCUGGUCGUCGGCGCCGGCGGGCUGGGGUGCCCCGUGGCGCUGUACCUCUGCGCCGCGGGGGUGGGCCGCCUGGGGAUUGUCGACGGGGACCGCGUCGCGGCCAGCAACCUCCACAGGCAGAUCGGGCACGGCUGGCGCGGCGUGGGGGAGAGCAAGGCGGAGUCGCUGCGGCGGGCGUGCCUGGCCAUCCACGGCCGCGGCAGCGUCACCGCGCACGCGGUGCGGCUCUCGGGCACACUGGAGGCCGCGGAGCUGAUGGAUCAGUACGAUCUAGUGAUUGAUUGCACAGACGCGCCUCCCAGUAGAUAUCUGCUCAGCGACGCGGCUGUCCGCGCAGGACGACCGCUGGUCGCUGCCAGCGCCGUGGCCCUCAGCGGACAGCUUGCCGUCUACAACUUCGACGGGGGGCCUUGCCUGCGCUGCGUCUUCCCCACGCCGCCUGGCACAGCCGAAGCUGCAGAGACAGUGGCGUCGUGCGAGGAAAAUGGCGUCCUGGGCCCCGUGGUGGGCGUCGUGGGCGCGCUCGCCGCUCUGGAGGCCGUGAAGCUAAUCGCGGGCGGCAGCCUCCUGGAGGCUUGCAUGCGCGACCGCCUACUCCUGUACGACGCGGCGGACGCGGCCCAGCCUUGCCGGGCUCUGAAGAUCAGGAAGAGGCCGGGAUGCGAGGGCUGCGGCCGUGCCGCGGGCUCCCCGCCGCCCGCGGAGCUGGCGUGCCCGUGCGUGCAGGCCCCAGCUGGCGCCUGCGCUGUCCCCGCGAUGUCCCCGGCCGCGCUGGCGCGGCGCCUCUGCGAAGGGCAGCCCACGGUGGUGGUGGACGUCCGGCCGCCUCCUCACUUCGAGGUCUCCAGCCUGGCCGGGGCGAGCAAUUGGCCCCUGCCGGAGCUGGAGCUGGCAGCGCUGGACCACGUCAGGGACCGCGCCGCAUCGCUGGGGGCGCGCCCUCUGGCCCCGGCGGGCGUGGCAGCCGGGCCGGCCGAGGCGCCCUCGGCGCCGCUGCUGGUCUGCGUCUGCCGCCGCGGCAACGACAGCCUGCGGGGCGCAGCGCGCCUGCGGGACGCCGGGUUCGAGGCGUGGAACCUGGAGGGGGGGCUGCGGGCAUUUGCAGCCUCGUGCCAGGAGCACUGCGAGGCUGGCCUGGAGGUGCCGCCCAUCACAUGA